AUGUAAAAGAAAUUUUAUAAUAAAUAAAGAACUUAAUUGGAAUUAAAAUUUUUAAUACUAGACAAUGGAAAAGAAAACGGGAAGAAUUAUUUUAGAAUAAUAAGCAUAGAAUUAGAUAUUGGAAAGUAAUAUUAACAGCAGAAUUUAAUAAUUAUGAAGAGAAAGAAUAAGUAAAUAAGAGGUUAAAGUCAAGUGUAAGUUUUAUUUCAAGAGAUAUUUAAUUAAUAUAUAAAUUCUAAAUUGAAUGAUCAAUUUAAUCCAUUUAAUUAGGCUAGUUAUGAUUCGAUGAUUUUGAUAGUUUUGCUAGGAGAAUAUCUAUGA